AUGCCCACCAAAUCCACUCCCACCAGCGACGCCCCCUCUCCAGAUCCCGCUGCCACCGCUCUGCCACCCAGCCCUACCACAAUCUCAACCACAACCACCCCCGCUGCCGCUACCUUACCACCCAGCCCCACCAUCACCACAACCGCCCCCGCCGCCCCCUCCACCACCACCAUGAGCAGCCCAGUGCCCGCCGCCACAACACGCAGAGCCCGCGCCGCCAGCAUCAAUGCAAACGUCGCCCUUGCCAGCCGCUACGACAGCAUCCACACGGGACCCUACCGCGCAACGUAUGUGGCCGCUUAUAAGCACGGCUUUACGCAUGCGAUCUCCGCGGUAAUAGUUGCGCUCGAUAUGAUGGACGAGGAUGAGACGCGCGGGCCCUGGGAGACGAUUAAUGCGGCGAAGGAGGCGGUGGGGCGUUUAGAGCCGAGGGAGGAUGUAACUGGGGAGGCGGUGGAGGAGGAUGAGGGGCCGGAGUAG